AUGCUUACUCACACUCAUUUAUGGCACGAGCGCAUACUUGCAGGGCUAUUAACACAAAUCCACCACCUGAACCACGCGAGAGAAGAGGAAAACCGGAAAAAUUAUCCCCUUGAGAAGGUCAGAGCAGAUGCGCAGACUGGGCUAGUGGCCCGAUCAAAUUUGCCUGUACCCUCACCGAGAGACUGGCUUGAUUGGCUGAGCAGUUCGGCCAUCGCCGCUCCUUCAACUUUGCCCCACCCGCCAGCUUCAUUUGGCCCAGUCCUACUCCCACACUUCCACACUUCCACACUUCCACACUUCCACACUUGCGCACCUGUUCAUGUGUACACUUGCACACAAUUGCACUCUUGCCGACUGCCUUACGCAAUGUCUGCGGAUGUCGCGACCGAAUCCAUGCUUCGAGGUUGCCAGUUCACCGAAGCCUGCGAGGAAAUCUGCAUUGGAAAAGGGUCAAGCAGAGAGCCAUGUGGCUUGAUGAUAGAUUGA